ACAAUAUUUUUCUUUCUACAGAUCAUUCACCUGAUAGGCUAUAUCAUUUUUAUGAAUUAAUAUUUAUAAAGAAAAAUAUGGGCCUUUUUCUUGACCCUUCUUACGGACAUCUCCACUGUCUAUAGUAAAUUGUCAUAGGAAUUGUUUGUACUAGCUGUCAGUGUUAAAAUCACGAUUGUAUCUGGCGUAGGUUGUAUCCAUAUUGAUGUUUGGCCACAGUGUAAUACAAACAACUUUAGUUCCUGCAAACAGAUGAAUCACCAUGACUGUGUGUUUAUGUGACCUUUCCUCCCACUUAAUUUGCAUCUACACAUUAAUAUUGUAAUAAAGGGACAAAUAGAAUUAUCCUUCAUAGGACUGUUCCAGUGAAACAAUAUACAUGGGACAGGGGGAAGGCACUUGAAAAUUAGGAUGACCACCCAUAGAAGUGAUUUGGUACACUCCUAUAUCCACCUACAGAGGCAAAUAAUGAGGCUUUAUAGGCACUUACAGAAGCAAAUUGAUUUAUUCGAAAAGUAGAAUUUAAAAUAUUCCCAAGUCAGAAUUUCUUUUGCAUUAUACAGCCCAAAAUAUUUUUUCAUCUUGAUAUCAACUUUUUUUCAGUAUUCUCAAUAGUAUUAUACAUGUAUUUCUCCUUCAAGCAUAAUUUACAGAAGGCCAAGAUUGCCUCUGUCAAUCAUGUUUUCUUCUGAUUAUUUUCUCACAGAUUACCCUAGCAUGUUGUUUGUUAAAAUAACCACCCAUAAAAGCAAUUUCUGUGCAAAAAUCACCCACCAUAGAAUCAAUAUCUCACCAGUGUGAACCACCCAUAGAUUUAAAAAAAAAAACAAAAAAAAAAAACCCCACCUGCCUUCCCCUGAUACCCGAUAUGUUUAAAUGGAACAUCCCUUAGUACAGUGUGGGAUUGGGAAAUUUCACCGAGGGGACAAGAUUUGCUGUUUACGAUUAGUGGAAUUUCCCUAUUCCACAUGAUUGGGUAAAUAAGGAAAAGGAAUCAUGCAUUCUUAUAGUUUAUCCACUGUUUUAAGUGCUUUAAUUCAGGAGCAAUGAGAAGAUUCAAAAUCCUCAUUUGAAUUUAAAUGCAAAAAUUAUUUAAACAGACAGAAAGAGCAUACCUGAAAAUGGUUUACACUUUAUAAUCCAAUAUUGUUUCCCAAAAUGCUAUGUCAAAAUUUUAAGAAAACAAAACAAAAUGUAUCACUUAACGUGAAUCAUAGGAAAUGUAUGACAUCCUAAUCAAUGACAUCGACAGAAAAACCUCGCAUGGCCACAGUAUUUUGCAUGGAUAAUGUCUGUCUGGUGAUUAUGUGAGAAAUUAGAAGCUCAUAACUUGCACUAUCAGGACCAGAUGAUGUAUAUGUAUGUAAUGAUCGAUAACUGAUGUUCAAUAUGUUCUCUGGGUUUGAAAGAUGCAUUCAUUUUAUCCUCAUUAUAUACAAUACUCCCUAUAUACAUGCAAGUUUUUUUUAAAUGUGAUACUCAGGUGACUGCUAAGGCCCACAAACCACAUGAUUUCAAUAAAAUGACAGACUUCAUUAUAUAACCUCAUACACAAUACUCCUCAAUAAUGCAUGAUUUUUUGUGACAUUUCACAUACAAUUCGUUUGCAUUAUAUUUCAAUUCUACAAAAUUUAAAUAUCUGAGGGGGGGGGGGGGGGUAUACGUAUUACCAUGUCUGUUUUAGAGUUAGCAUAUUUUGAUAAUUCCUGGCUGUUGCAAAUGAAAAUAUAAAGUACGUCAGCUCUUAUGUAUUACUAGUAUGUUGUAUAAAUGACUAGGCUAUGGCAAAGUAGAGAAAUGUUUUUUAGAACAAUCCGGUGUCAUACCUGGGGCCCUUGCAUUACUAGGUAGGUAUAGCUGCAAUAAUGUAGCCCUCUCCAUUUUUUUUUCUAACCCUAACCCCCCUUCCCCCCAAAAAAAAUUGGAGAGGGCUACAUUAUUGCAGCUACUAGUUAGGUGAUCUAUCCUCUGGUUGACAUUCAAAAUAUGGUAAUUUUAUCAAAUAUAGAUAUUAAGCUUAUUUCUGAAAUCAUUUUAAAACUCUUCAUAUCAAGGAGAUGAAAAAAUAAUUUUAGAGAAAAUGUCUGAAACUUCGCUUAUGUCAUUAUAAGGAUUAUAUACAAUUUACAAGAAAUUUACAUUUUCUCUCUGUUUGACGUCAAAUCUGUAAGAUGGUAAUUUAAAAUGUCAUACGCCAACUCCCAGUGAGGGGUGUUAAUUAGGCGUUAAUAGAGAAUCAACCAAUCAGAGACAGAUUACGUGACUUGUAAAGAUAUAAAAGAUGCACGUAAAGAAGAAAACAUAUUCAAGAAGAUUUGAAGGUGGUGAUCAUCAAAAUCAAACAAAAUUCUAUCGACAAUAGUACGAACCAGUUAAAGACAAUGGAAGAUCUCAAGAAUUUACCCAAUGACAAAGGUGAAAAUCUAGCCCGAUUUUUCGAGAAGAUGGAAGUGAAAGAAAUUCAAGUGAUGAAGGAGCGGCGACACAGUUCUUUGAUUCCACAUUCCAAAGACAUCAUUCCGCAUUCCAAAGACAGCCUGGCCUCCAUGGGUGACAGUCAGUGGGAGGAAACGGCCAGCCCCAGGUUAUCCACCUCCGAGAAAUCCGAAUGGGAACGGCUUUACCUCUCAGCCAUGAAACGGAGAAAUCUUCACCUCAGCAUCAGAGAACAAGCCAAGUUAAAUGCCAUGUCUCACUUCAGGCCAGGAGAAAUACACAGCAUUCCUCUCAAUGAUGCAAAGCCAUUACCAAGGAUCAAAACUGAGGCAGAGAAAAUGGCUGAAAGAAACCGACAGAAGGUUGUCAAUGGUGUGAUUUUACAGAUGCGACCACGAAAGGCAUCUGUUCAUAGGUUCUCGGACAUCCAGAAUGAAAACUUUCGACAGAACUACCUGAGGAGACAGCCUUUGGAGCAUCAGAUAUGUGAUGAUCGAGCACACCUGAAGCAUGGAGGUGGGGAAGAGAGUUUGAAUCCUGAGAACUUUCUCAACAGUCAGUUCCAUCGAGUGAGUAUGGACAGCAACUGCUCGAUGGCGAGUCAGACCUCUGCUGUGAAGCGUAUGAGUGGUUAUAGAAUGCAAGUCCCUGUAACAAAAGCCAUCCAUUCUCAGAGAAACAGGACAAAUUGAUGAAAUGCAAGAAACAAAGCCAAUGCAAAUAGGCAACUCUUUUGCCUACCUGAACAUUUAUCUAUAAUCACUGUACAGUCCUUGCUGGCUGUGAGAAAUUUUAUAUGUACAUUGUUUCAAAUUGUAUCAGACAUGUUAUUGUCAUGUGAAUUUUUGACGUAAUAAAUCUCAUUGUUAAAAUCAG